UCUAAAGUGUGCAGUGUCCUUGUCAGGGAGCAGAGGAGUCGCACCGAGUCCCGGAGCAGCAGCGGAGCAGCAGCGGAGCGGCGACGGCAGAGUGUCCGACCUUGAGUGUCCCUGAGCCCGGGCUGCAGGAACCACAGGUUACCCUCCUGCUCUCCGGGAGAACUUACCGCUGUUCCCCGGCAUGUGCAGCCGCGUUCUCCUUGGGUGACCUACACACCGGCCCGGGCGUCCUCACGACUCCACACCUGCUGGUGAGGAGGAGGAGCAGGAGGAGGAAGAGGAGGGCGACCCUGCUGCAGGCGUCAGGCCCGAGAGAGGAGCAGCGGGGCCGGGGAACACAAGUCGGUCCGCUCGGUGCUGGUGGCUGCGUCAGGUGGAGGACAGAGGAGGCUGCGGAGUUCACACACACACACACGCACACGCACACGCACAGAGACACUCCACACUCCACACACACACUGGAGCUGUUGCAGGUUACAACACAUGAUGUACACAAUCACCAGAGGUCCCAGCAAACUUGCUACACAGCGGCGGACAGGUCCAACACAGCAGAUCGAGAGCAAGUUCAGCGACUUGAAGCUCAGGCCGACGACCUGGCUCACGUCCGACUCGCCACCCCCGAAGAUCGUGUUCAACCGCCUCAAUGGGAAGCGCUACCACGGCGCAGCCACGCAGAAGGCCAGCUGCCCGGCAGAGGGAUUCACUCCAGCACACGAGGAGAACGUCAGAUUCGUGUAUGAAGCGUGGCAGGAGCUGGAGCUGGAGCAGGAGCCGGGGGACGGAGACGUCAGGAAGUCGAUCGUCCACCAGGGUCCUGUUCAGUACACUGAGAAGAUCCCCAGUGCUGCAAUGAAGAACUUUGUGCCCAUAGACCUGGAGGAGUGGUGGGCUCAGCGCUUCCUCGCCAACAUCGCCAACCUGUCAUGACCGGUUGAGGCUUCGAGUCGGGACAGGAAGCACUGCGUUGAUGCUCCAUCGGCGAAAGGCGCCACAGGAGUGACGGCGGGAGGAGCAGAGUCCGUCUCCAGGAUCUGCGACACGAUAGGGCGGCGCGUCAUCCUGAUUUGACGCAUCGUAGAGAGAACUGGGUGCACAAGACGCUGACCUGACUGUGAACAGAGCGGACUCCAUUUUGUGCUGCGACAAAGGACCUGUCUUGAGUGACGUGUUGGAGAGAAGUUGAUUAUUUUUCCUUCUCCUUUAUCAAGUGUGCUCUGCUGUCUGUGUGUCUUUGCUGAGCUUUGGAUACGAAUCUACUGAAGAACAAAACAAGUAAAAUGGCUUUCAAGAAACA